AUGUCUUGGUUCCGUCCUCCACCACCGCAUACGCAGCUUAGACCUUGGGUCCCGGAUGCGAUCUUCAUCCCAAUCUCCCGUGCCGUUGAGCGCGUCGGUGUCUACUUCUACAACAGAGUUUUGAACAAGACCGAGAUUGGACUGUUCGACAAGAGAUGGAACAAGAAGGUGCACGGCCCAUAUUGCCACUGGAGAUACUAUGGAAAAUUGGACACUAAGCUCAUGGACGUGAAGCUUGGAGAGCUCCCGGCAUGGAUCGCUCGCCGCGAGAAGACCCCAUCGGCUUUCUACAACGAAUUCAUGCGCAACAUCUGGAGAGUCCACAACCUUUACUACUCUGGACCAGUCUACGCGAACACCGUUAAAACCAUCUUCCGCUUCAUCUUUGCCUAUUCAUUCUUGAACUGGCUCGUCAAGUCGCACCGUUACCUCGAUUUCCAGAAGACCAUGUACCAUUGGUAG